AUCUCAAACUCAACUCAUAACUCUCUCUUUGAUCUCUUUCUUUCAUUGUUGUUAAAAAACAAAGAUUACGAUAAUGGCCACAUCAGCUAUCCAGCAAUCCUCCUUCGCCGGCCAAGCGGCUCUCAAGCCCUCCAACGACCUCCUCCGCAAGGUUGGUGUCUCCGGUGGUGGCCGUGUGACCAUGCGUCGUACCGUCAAAUCUACUCCUCAGAGCAUCUGGUAUGGACCAGACCGUCCCAAGUACUUGGGACCAUUCUCGGAGAACACACCUUCAUACCUAACCGGAGAGUACCCAGGAGACUACGGCUGGGACACCGCUGGACUCUCGGCUGACCCUGAGACAUUCGCUAAGAACCGUGAGCUUGAAGUGAUCCACAGCAGAUGGGCUAUGUUGGGAGCUCUCGGAUGCACAUUCCCUGAGAUUCUCUCCAAGAACGGUGUUAAAUUCGGAGAAGCCGUUUGGUUCAAGGCAGGUUCUCAGAUCUUCUCAGAAGGAGGUCUUGAUUACCUAGGAAACCCUAACUUGAUCCACGCGCAAAGCAUCUUAGCCAUCUGGGCUUGUCAAGUUGUGCUCAUGGGUUUCAUCGAAGGAUACAGAAUCGGAGGUGGACCACUCGGAGAAGGUCUUGACCCACUUUACCCCGGAGGUGCGUUCGACCCAUUGAACUUGGCAGAGGAUCCAGAAGCCUUCUCUGAGUUGAAGGUGAAGGAGCUCAAGAACGGUCGUCUUGCUAUGUUCUCCAUGUUUGGAUUCUUUGUCCAAGCCAUUGUUACUGGUAAAGGUCCCAUUGAGAACUUGUUUGAUCACUUGGCUGAUCCUGUGGCUAACAACGCCUGGUCUUACGCCACUAACUUUGCCCCCGGACAGUAAUUAUCAUAUGUAUUUGUUUCGUAAUCUCUCUACCUUUGUAACCUCGUGAAUGUGUUAUCGAUGUUUAAUGUGAACUUGUCAACUUCAUGAUCUUU